AUGACUUAUAUCAUUAAUAUUCCUGCACCAACUACAGCAUUUGAUCCAAACUCGACGGUUUGCAGUGUACCUUUCAUAAAUGACAGUUCAUUAAUUACUUUAAGGGAUUCGACAGUAAAUGAAUCAUUAAAGGCGUCAUUAAUGAAAAUCAUUGAUUUUAAUUCAUUCAUGAAUACAUAUAAUUCAUUCAUUAAUGUUUCAUAUGCUUCUAAAGAAGGUGAGCCAAAAACUAUUGAUAAAGCGGUGUAUGAAAUAAAAGCAUCAACGACGAAAUUGAAUUCGUUAACUUUUGACGGUGAUAGUUUCGUUAAUGACAUAACAUCGGGGAAAACAAUUUUAACGAAAGAAUACUUAAAAUCUCAUGUUAGUGAGUUCGUUGAAAUUGAAAAAGAAGGUGGAAUUAAGUUCGAUCCACUGAAUUUCAUUUUCAGCUUAGCGAAUGCGGGUGUUAGUUUCGCUGAAUGGACAACUAUACAGAGUGAAAUAAAUGCAAUAUGGACGUUUUUGGGGUCAAAAGCGGGAAUGGGUGAGCUUGUAAAUGCUGCAAGAACAUUAGGUGAAACAGGAAAUUUUGUAGAUGGUUUUAAAAGACUUGUUUCAAAUGUUUUAACAAACACAAAGAAAUUAUUUAGAUAUACCGUACAUAACGGACGGAUUUUCGAACAGAUAGCAACAAACCCUCCGGUUAUGGCUGCGUUGAUGAUGGUUAGAGAUAUAAAACCACGUAACGACGGGAACGAAGAACAUGAACAACAGGAUACUGGUCGGGUUAUUCGAGACAUUAAAAACGUGUAUCCUGAAGUUAUUGAUUUAUUUAGAGGA